ACAAAUUAUUUAUUUCCUGAUGCUAUUGGCCUGUGUGCCAGCUGUUAUUGAUUCAAAGCUCGAACACUCAACGUUGAGGCAUGCUUUAGAGCAGACACUGUGUUUCAAACUGGUCAAUUUUGACGGCAAGCAAGGAAAAGUUGAUUAUCAAGUCAAAUUUGCAAGCAGAUUAUCUGAUGUGCAAACUUCCAUUGAUUCCGAUCCUAUUUGUGAAGAACCUGAGGCAAAUGUGAAUAAAUGUCAAUGGAGAAUUCCUAAUCAUGGAUUUGACAUGUGA